AUGUACAAAGAUGAAACCUAUUUUAGAACUCCACCUAUUAGAAACCUUAAUAAUGCACUUACAAUUUAAUAAAAAAUCAAUCAACUCAAUAAAAAAAGCAGUAUUAAAUUUUCUGAACUGACAAAAGAUUAAUCUUCCAAUUAAAAAAUAUCCUAUCGACGACCAAGUCUUCCAAGAAAACCAAUCCAGCGAAUUUAGUAAGGUACUCACAUUCUUAAACUCUUACUAUAGCUAUUACCAUACAAAGAAAUCUUUCAUAAGAACCUCAAACUCAAGGUACAUACAGUGUAGUUUUUACUAAUAGUGCUCCAUAAAAAAGAGAUAAGAGGAAAGUAUAAACUAGUAAUUGUGAUUAAAUUGAUGAAUCUAAAAAUAGCUAAGCUAGAAUUGUCAAAGGAUUCUUUCCAUCUGAUAUUAAUAAUACUAAAUAGAUUUUAACGAGUAUAUUAUAAGGAAUGCAACAUAAAAUUUCAGCUGAAAAAACUAUGGGAGUUAUGGGAUUAUAAGUUAUUCCAUUUAAUAAACUAAUGGAAUAAAAUACAGUACUCACUUAAUAGACAAUCAGAUAAAAAGCAUUGUCUUAAGAUAAAGAAAGAGAUAAAUCAUAAUCAUUUACCGAAGAAAUAGAGAGGAAAAAUAAAUGCAAAGUUCCACAAAAAAUAAAAUAAAAAAAUUCUGUUAAUUAUAAUAAUGCUAGUCCAGUACCUCCUAAAAUAAUGAUGCCUUAAAGUAGUACAACAUAAAUUUAAAGUAAUAAUUUUAAAUUCUCAUUAACUGAAUAUUCAUAAUUAUCAAGAGAAUAAUUAUUCUAGACUAAAUUAUAAAAUUACCAACAUUUUUUGUUUUUAGUUUCCACUUAAAGUGGAUUCUAUACUUUACCAUAAGAUUGCUUAAUUGAUUUAAAAUUUAAAAUUGGUAGAGGAAAUAAUUCUCAUUUAAUUAAAGAAAUUUUUAAAUUAAGAUGGUGGUGGAACUUCUUUAAAUUUAGUGAAUUAAUUGAUUCAGAUAGUAAUUUUGUUUGGACAUAAAUUAAAGUUUAGAAUUACAUGGAUUUAUAAAAUCCAUCUUGUAAUGAAAUAAAAUCAUUAAUGAGAAAGAAAAUCAAUUAAAGUCAAUCAUUAGCAUAAUUUAAUAAGAAAAUCUAAAUUGAUCCUUUACUAAGAUUAAUGAAUGAUGAUUCUGAUUAUAAAUAAAUAGAGAGAAAUUAAAAAGCGUACUUAAAAUUAAUAAAUCAAAAAGGAUUAAGUUUAAUGAAGGUUCAUUAAAAUUUGAAGGUAAUUAAUAAUUAUUAAUAGAUAGAUUCAUAAUCAUAUAGAGAAGAAUUAUCAUUUGGGUAAUAAGAAAGCUUUAUAUCAUAAUUUGAAGAGAUAUUAUGAACUAUUAAAGUAAGACUUGCAUUCAAUAAUACCGAUAACAUUCCAUGUUUAAAAAGGAUAGAGAGAUAAAGUGUAUUUACAAUUCUUAGAGCAUUAUAAGAAACUACCUAAGUAUUAUCAACUUACCUAUCUAGAGGCUCUACUUGGAUAGUGAAACCUGGCGAAUUUACAAACAGAGGAACAGGUAUAAUCGUUUGUUAAAAUUUGACUGAGAUAAAUAAAAUCAUAAGUAAGAAACAAGUGCAUUAAAAUGGAAAGCCAUUUACUUAUUUGAUUUAGAGAUACAUAGAAAAACCAUUUCUAUAUAAUAAAAGGAAAUUUGAUAUUAGAUGUUACUUUCUUAUAACUUAAUUAAAUAAUAUUUUUAGAGCAUAUUGGUAUGAAGAUGGAUAUAUAAGAACUUCAUCAGAAGAGUUUGAUUUAGAUGAUCCUGCAAAUUUAUAUGUUCAUUUAACAAAUGAUGCUAUUUAGAAAUAUGCUGAUACAUAUGGAAAAUAUGAGAAUGGGAAUAAAUUAUCUUUUUCUGAAUUUUAACGUUAUUUAGAGAAUUAACCAAAGAAAUAUAAUUUUUAUAAAGAUUUAUAUCCAAAAUUAAUAGAGAUAGCAACAAUAAGUAUAAAAUCUGUAUAUUGUAAAUUGGCUCUUCAUAAAAAAGAAUUUAAUUUUGAGAUAUUUGGAUUAGAUUUUAUGAUUGAUUCAUAAUUUAAACCAUAUUUAAUAGAGAUAAAUACAAAUCCUUGUUUGGAAACAAGUAGUCCAGUUUUAUAAAGAAUAAUACCUUAAAUGGUAGAGAAUGCAAUGAGAUUAUCAAUUGAUACGAUAAUACCACCUCCAGAUGGAAAUAUAUGGCCACCAUGUAAAAAGCAUUUAAUUUUUUAUGAUAAUUUAUUGGAGAAUAAUAAAUUCUAAUUGAUAUUUGAUGAAAGAGAAGAUUCAGAAGAAUUGAUAAAAUUAUAUGGAGGAUUAUUAUAACAUGAUGAAAUAGAUGAAAUGGAUGAGGAAGAAGAAGAAUAUGAAAGUGAUAAUGAAAAUGAGAAAUAAGAAAUGUGA